UACAGAAGCGAAAAGGAAAGAAUAAGAGAAACGCUGGGGGAAAGACAUAAGAGACAAAGGGAUAGUGGAGGCAGAAAAGGGGACGAAGAGAAGACACCAUUGAACAACAAGAGUUAUAGUUCCAAAACUAUGAAGAGAUCCCUACCUUACCCUAAGUGACAGAUCCCCUUCAUCCACUGCUUUCCGGCACCUCGGGACCCUGCAGUUUGUAUUUCCUUCAACAGGACUGGGCGAAGGUUAUAAUAAAGAUAUCUCAUUGGCUGUGAUAUUCAGGCACCAUGGCAGGGCUGUGUCUUCUGCUGCUGAUCUGCCAUCUAAGCACUUCUGUUCUGGCUGCCCUGAGGAGUCUGGAGAAUGUCCAGAUCCAUUCUGAUAAUUUCCGGCACAUACUGACAUGGGAGGACAACAACAAUAGCUCUCUUGUCUACUACAGUGUACAAUAUAAAGAUAUUAGCUCCGGCUGGGACAGUGUCUCCACUUGCACCAAUAUCACUGAGCAGCGAUGUGAUCUGACGGAUUAUUUUAAAAACCCGCAUGGAUCUUACAUAGUGCAAGUUGUCAGUUUUACGCAUAAGGAGACUUCAAAUGCAACGACCUCCAAAAAAAUGUUCAUUCCAGCUUCCCAUACCGACCUGGGUCCUCCGCUAGUUAAACUAUCUGCCCAAGGCAGCAACGUGACCAUUAAUAUUCGCCCACCAAUAUCCUACUUUAAGGGAGCCCCUUCCAUGCUGCAUGACGACGUCUACCCAAUAUUAACUUAUGGCAUUGAGCGUUGGCAAGGCGACCAGAAGCUUUCAGACUAUGACAAAAUGGUCUUUGAGGAUAACUAUACUUUUGUGGAACCCUUUUUGCCUCCAAAAACAAACUACUGUGUUUCUGUUAAAGUCACACUAGCGGCUACAAAUACAAAAGGCAAGAAAUUCCCAUCCACUCGGCAAUGUGUAAUUACCUCAUCCGCCCAAACUGCUGAUUCCCUGUCUCCAUAUGUUAUUGCUGUUGUCGUUGCCAUCCUAAUACUGAUUGGAUUAGUGUGUGUACUGUUUGCACUCGACAGAGCCGGGUACAUUUGCAUGGGAUGGAGGUUUUUCCCCAAAGUUUUGAAAUCCUUUCCAGCAUCAGUGAGCAUGGAUAGAAAUACGGAGGAAUAUGUCUGCCUUGCACCGAUUGCGCCCGUAGAGAUACUCAGUAAUACUGAGCAGGAGGAGCGCAGCGCUAGUGAUACGGGAAUGUGCAUGCAAGGUUACGCCAAAAGGAAUACGGUUCUGGACAGUGCUCAGAAUGACUCCAGCGAAGGGGAGAGCUCAGCUGUUCAGUUUUCCAUUGAAUCCAGCGGGCAAAUCUGUAGUUCUGCUGAGAAGGGAAUUCCAAAGGAACCGCUGUUGGAUCUCUGUGAGAGCGUUGCCUCUGGUUCAGAACUGCCCCAGGCGGCUGAUACCCCCUCCCCAAGCCCCAUGAUGUCUAACACCCCCAAGGUCUUGAAAAUCAGCUUGAACUCUGUGUCUGUGGGAAAUCCAGAAGUUCUGGGGACAGGCUGCAAAAACAAGAUGCCCCUCAUAGAGGAACAAGUAGAUAAAGCGGCCGGGGAUGCGCCCAAUGUCCCUCAGGGUCCCCAUGAUCUCAGGCUCAAUACUAAUAUACUAAACCUGGGUGCUUGCUGGGUGCCAGUUUCGGGGGAGGGCAGUUCAGAGGAAGCGGGUACCUCAGAUGAGAGUGAUGCAGAUUCUGGGGCAGAGGAGACAGAGAGACUCUUUGCUUCAGAUUAUAUGAGUCGAUGAGCUCUGCUGGAGUUCGAAGAGCGGGUUAUGGGGAGGGUUAAAGAGUGUAUGGGGAGAUUGGGGCAGGGAAGGGAUGUAUGGGGGAUAUAUAGAGUAGAGUAGAGGAAUUUUCAAGACAAGAUGAGAAUUCCAUAUUUCAUGGGUAACUUGAUAAGAAGAUGUGUGCGCCAUCAGCAUAAGGUUAAAUCUAAUGUACUAGCCUGCUAAGCUGCAGUAUGCAAUGUGCCCAGUGGAUGUCGCCGCACUACUAAACACUUUUUAAAAUAAAAAUGUGAUCAUCGGUGUAGAUGAAUAUCCUCUCUCCUUGUUAUUAUUAUUAUUAACAUUUCUUUAUAAAGCGCCAACAUAUUCCGCAGCGCUGUACAAUAAGUGGGUUUCAUACAUUGGACAUACAGAGUAACAUAUAAAGCAAUCAAUAACCGAUACAAGAGGUAAAGAGAGCCCUGCCCAAAAGAGCUUACAAUCUACAAGGAGAAAGGGUUGAGACACAAGGUGUGGGAAUUAACACUUUGUUUCAGUAAAACUCACAUGUCCCACAGAUUUAUUACCAUGUGGGUUUAGAGAGACAAUUCUAUGGCACCACCGAAUCUUGUAGCUUAUUUGUAGGAGCGAUUCGUAGAGCGCAAAGCACAACAAGUAGAAUUCUGUGUUAUUCUAAGGCAAUUUGCAAUUGGUAUUGAUUUUUUAUUAUUUGUUUCUGAAUCAUUUAGCUUUUUGUUCAUUUAGCUUUUUGUUCAUUUAGCUUUUUGUUCAGUGCCUGACGCGUUGCACUAGUGAUGUGACGUAGUUACAAAUUCAAGUGAUUGACAGGGUGUUCCCAGAUGAGAGAAAUAGUGAUAUGUGGACCAAAUUGCUACGGACGGAAGUUAAGUGGAUAUUUAUUUUAGGCACACGCCAGCCUAAUGGUUUGAAUUCUAUCUUUGACAUAAAUUGUUAUAUUCCCUUUGUUUGUUUUUGCUUUUUGUAUUCCAUUUUUGCAUAUGUUUUUAAUAUUGUGAUGUCAUGUACUGAUUGGCUAUUUAAGCUUCUGGAUAUAUGCCUAUGAUUAAGUGCGCACACGCAUGAAAUGUGUCAGGCACUCUGUUUUUAAAGAUGUGAAUAAAGGUUGUAAGCUUUUAACAUCC